CUUUUAUUUUGAUCGAAGUAUGUGAAAGAAUUUGAAUUUUUAUUUUAGUGAUUUUAUUUGUUUUUAUAAAUUCAUAUUUGUAAAAUAUAUCUUAAUUUUUAUAUUGUAUAAUCAAUAAUUAUAGAAUUAUUUUAGUAAAAGAUUUAUAAUUGUGACAUAAUGUCAACAUAAACAUUAUAAAGCUAUUUUAAUACUGACGUUAACAUUAACUGACAAUCAUAACAGUUCCAUAGUGGAAAUAUUGUGUUAUAUAUGUGCAAUGCAGCAAAACUACGAAAUAUAACAAUAGAAAAUACAAGCAGAAUUAUAAAACGGAUAACAGUUAAUUGUCAACAUGGCGGAUAAUGAUUUUCUUAUUACAAUUUCAGGUCCUGCUUUAUCAUUAUUGUUUUAUGAAAAUGUUCGUAGUAGCGGGGACCAGAUAGGCUUUUUACUAGGAGAAACACUUGAAUUUCACAUAAAAACAUAUACAGAUUUAGAUAAUCAAGUAGAAACAGUAAAAAUAUAUAAUAACAUUGAAGCUGUUGUAACUUGUCCAUUGCCUCAUACUUUACAUAAUUCUCUUGGCAAAAUUAAUAAAGAGAAGUUAAAGGACUUUUUACGUGACAAGAGUAAACAAGUGAUAGGUUGGUUUCAUUUCAGGCGAGAUGUAAGCUUGGUGCCUACAUUCAGGGAUAAAUUAUUACAUAAAGAAUUUGCCUCGUAUUUUUGUAAUGACAAUGGUUCUAAAAAUGAAUUUUUUGUUACUUGCUUAUUAAGUUCUUCAACAAGUAAUGAAGGAGGAACUUAUAAAUUCAAACAUGUCUUCUUAAGACAUAAAAGAGGAACUUUUGAACCAGUUCCUUUACGGAUAAGUAACUUAGGAAGUAAUUCAUUUGCACAUGAAGGUUCAGAUUAUAAACCUACUCCUACCAAAAAAUCAUCUGAUGUUCCAGAUAUAUUUACUAAAUUUAUAGAAUCUUUAAAUUUGGAUUUAACAAAGACAUCUGCAGUUGAAUCUGCUAUCAGUAUACAAAAAGCAGCUGAGCAACAUUUGAGUCAAUUAAUACCAGAAUUAUGUAAAUCUGAUCUUGAAGUAGCAGAGCUUGAAAAACAAGUUAAGGAAUUUAUGUUUAGCAAAAAGAUAAAAGUUAAUGGUACUCAAACUUAUGAAAUUAAAAAAGAUGAAAUUAAUGAAGGAAAAUCAAAAUCAGAAUCUUCAGAUGAAUCUUCAGAUGAUACUUAUCAGGAAUGUCGAACCAGAAAUGUAGAUCCAGAAAUGUUCAAAGAUCAUUCUAUUGCAACUAGUCAAAGUACUCUUAGAAAUACAAUGUAUAUUGAAAAGAAUAUUAAUCAGAACAAAUUAAGAAAAUCAUCUACCACAAGCAUAAUAAAUAGUCCCAAUCAGGAACCAUCACCAUUUCUAAAUUCAGAAAUAACAGAAAAUGUAUUUAGUAAGAGCAAACGUCUUUCCAAUAUGGAAUCAGAAAUUGUAAAAGAAUCAAUUUGUAAAAGUGAUACAAAUAUGAGUGGUAUUGGAAGAGGUAGAGGCAAAUCGAUGCAUGAUGUUUAUUCAGGAUUAAAAAAAUCUAAAAGGACUUCAGGCUCAGAAUCAUCUGAGACAAAUAGUGUACAAAAUACUUCUUUACAAGCAUCUUAUAGUCAAGUUACAAAGAAAAAGGUAGACAAUGUUCGUAAAUUGGAUGUAACAGAUAACCAUUAAAUAAAAGUGGUUCUUAUAUCUUUAGUUCACAAAAGCUUUAUAACAACUUAUACUUAAAUUUUGGAACAUUUCCUGCAAAAAAAAAUUAACAAAAAUUUUAGCACUUAUGCUGCAUUUAUUAUGUGUGUGGUGCAAUGUAAAUAUUUAUAUAUUUUAAAAUAUAAACUGAUCAUAUAUUGUAUAAUAUGCAAGAUCGUGGUUCGUUUCUAGUAAAUCUUAAUUUUAUAAAAAUAUAAAAAAAGGAUAUCGUAUAA